UCAAACUAAAAUUAAUAGAAAUCAUCAAGUUUAUUUAAAAAGUUCUGCAGCUGCAAUGCCUUUUUAAAACACUUGGAAGCAAUAGUAUGAAGAAGCACUAGAUAUGAGUGUCACAGUAUCCCUAAAUAAAUGGAUUCAUGCAUUUUCCCCAAGUAACUUAGUGCUACAGUUCAAUUUAUUCAACUGUUCAGAAUGGUGUGACUGAAAUGAAUGUUAAUAUAACAUUAAUGUUAUAAUAUAAUAGGCUGGUUAACAAUUGUAAAAUUCUUUGUUAGCUGUGUGGAAGUCAGACUUCUGUGCAGCAAUUGCAUAUUGCUACUACUAAUAUAACUAAUUUCAUACAACUCAACUUGACUGUUCAUAUUCCUGGGAAGUUUAAGAUACUAUUUUUCAUAUUCAAGAUCCCAAGCAAAGGCUCCUUGUGAAUUAAUUUACAGGAAAGAAUAAACCUUUGUUUAUUCUGUGCAUCACUGUCAGCGUAAUGUCAUACUUAAAAUGAGAUGUUACAGUCUUUAUAUAAUAAAUGUGCAGUUUAUUGUCUCUGUACCCUUGACUGAAAUGCUAAAAUUGAUGUGUGUAUUCUUUCAGACUUUAGUAAUUCCUACCAUUUGUGGAUGAAGCAAUACUCCAGAGACUGCUUUUGCAUCACAUUUCUCAGAUGAAAUUCAGGCAAUUUUCUGUGGAUACCAUCCCACCUAGUCAGCUUACAUGUGUAGAUCACUACGUUACUGUGUUAGCCACUGCCUCUAUGCAGCAAUGACAAUACUGGAAGAAGCAAACCAAGAAGUAAACAUGCACUCCUCUGUCCGGUACUUGGGCUAUUUAGCCAGGAUUAAUCUAUUGGUUGCAAUAUGUAUGGGCCUUUACGUCAGGUGGGAGAAGACUGCAGAUGCAUUAAUUCUUGUAAUCUUUAUUCUGGGACUGUUUGUUCUUGGAAUUGCCAGUAUACUUUAUUACUAUUUUUCAAUGGAAGCAGCAAGUUUAAGUCUCUCUAAUCUUUGGUUUGGAUUUUUACUUGGCCUUCUCUGUUUUCUGGACAAUGAUUCUUUUAAAAAUGAUGUGAAAGAAGAAGCAACUAAAUAUUUGCUGCUUUCUGCAAUAAUAAUAAGAAUACUAUAUGCUUUUGUGCAAAGAAUAUGUGGUUGUGUUCAUCAUCGACCCACUUUGCUUACAUCUGUUGAAUUUCUUGAGCUGGUUGGAUUUGCAAUUGCUAGCACAACUAUGCUGGUAGAAAAGUCGAUGAGUAUUAUCUUGUUGGUUGUGGCUUUGGCAAUGCUGAUUAUUGAUUUGCGGAUGAAGUCCUUCCUGGCUAUUCCAAAUUUGGUAAUCUUUGGAGUCCUUGCCUCUUCAUUAUUUUUUCCAUCCUUAUUUUUUCCAAAUCCAUUUGCCUUGGGAUGUUUUUUUACCUGUCUAAUAACAGACCCUCUUCUUGAUGUUUACUUCAGUGGACUUUCUGUUACAGAACGUUGGAAACCCUAUCUCUAUCGUGGUAGAGUCUGCCGAAGAUUUUCAGUCAUCUUUGUGGGACUUAUUGAACUUAUUUAUUUCAUUUUAUCAGCCUUUAAACUAGGUUAUUUGGAUCUCUGGUAUUUUGUGAUACCAGGUUUUGCCAUUUUUGGUGUUUUCUGGAUGGUCUGCCAUGUAAUUUUUCUCAUAACUCUCUGGGGAUUUCAUACAAAAUUGAAUGACUGUCACAAAAUCUAUUAUACACACAGGGCAGAGAGCAGCAGCCUUGACAGAGUCAUGGCAUCUAAAGGAAUGCGCCAUUUUUGUUUAAUUUCAGAACAGCUUGUCUUUUUCAGCCUUGUAGCAACAGCAGUUUUGGGGGCUGUGUGUUGGCAGAAAUCCAAUGGAAUCUUCAUGAGUGUGUUUCUGAUUGUCUUGCCUCUUGAAUCCAUGGCCCAUGGAUUAUUUCAUGAACUUGGAAACUGUUUGGGAGGAACAUGUGUUGGUUAUGCAGUUGUGAUUCCUACCAAUUUCUGCAGUCCUGAUGGCCAACCAACUUUGCUUCCACCUGAGCAUGUACAAGAACUAAAUUUGAGAUCAACUGGCAUGCUUAAUGCCAUCCAAAGGUUCUUUGCAUAUCACAUGAUUGAGAGUUAUGGCUGUGACUAUUCCACAAGUGGCCUUUCUUUUGAUAAACUCCAUUCUAAGCUGAAAUCUUUUCUCGAACUUCGGACACCUGAUGGACCCAGACAUGAUACCUAUAUAUUAUAUUACAGUGGCCAUACUCACAGUUCUGGAGAAUGGGCACUCGCAGGUGGUGAUGCAUUACGACUUGACACAGUUCUAGAAUGGUGGAGAGAAAAAAAUGGCUCUUUUUGUUCACGGCUUAUUAUAGUGUUAGACUGUGAGAAUGCUCUUCCUUGGGUCAAAGAAGUAAGAAAAAUCAGUGACCAGUAUAUUGCAGUUCAAGGAGCAGAGCUGGCUAAAGUGGUAGACUUAGAAGAAUCAGAUCCUCCCCAUCUUGGUGAUUUUACUAGAGAAUGGGUUGAAUACAACUGUAACCCUGACAGUGACAUCAGCUGGUUUGAAGAGGGACGUACAGUGAAAGCUGCAUAUGGAGUGUCAAAACGAUGGAGUGACUAUACUUUACAUUUGCCAACUGAAAGUGAUAUUGCCAAGCAUUGGAUGAUAUAUUUCCCCCGCAUCACCUAUCCACUGGUUCAUCUAGCAAACUGGUUCUGUGGUCUUAACCUCUUCUGGGUCUGUAAAGCUUGUUUUAGGUGUCUGAAAAGAUUAAAAAUGAGUUGGUUUCUUCCCACAAUAUUGGACACAGGACAAGGCUUCAAACUCAUCAGAUCUUAAUUAUGAACCAAAGAUGAGCAGAACUUAAAGCUCUUUCUGGGACUUCAAAACAUGACUGACUUGUACCUUUUUUAUUUGUAACAGUUUACUAUUUGAAGAAACAUUGCUACUUUUGUAGCUUUAUUCUCUUUGCUCACUCUCCUGAGCAACCCUAAGAUUUGCAAAGGGUAAAACACUCCAGUAGAAAACAAGGACAGUAUAGGUGUUAAUUAAAAUAUGUUCUUGAGUUGGAUAUGAACUUCAUAAAAGCCAUUAAAUAUGACAGUGUGAUUGAGAGACAGAUUGUGUGAUCAUUUGUAUUGGAGCUGUCUGAUCUAAAUUGACACAAUUUCCUUGCUUUUUAUUGUUAGAUUCUUCUUAUGUUUUCAGCCCUCCACAUGGCAGUUAUAGUCACAUACCUGUAUGUGAAAGUAAGCAAGCCUACCUACAGGCUAUUUAUUUCCAAGUAACCUAGGAUAGUAGCCAUAAAUGUUUCAUCUUGGAAUGGAUAGUGAAUACCUGAUAAUAGUUUCAGAGUAUCUAACAGCCUUAAAUAGAAAUAUGGAAUUUAGUUUUGUUUAACUUGGUAUAAAAUUAGUUUGUCACUACUACCCAACAGCAUUACAUUCAUUACAUAUGAAGACAAUAAGCUGAAACAUUCUUAUUUACCCAAACUGCAACAAGCAAUCUCAACUGCCAGGAGAAUAAAAAGGUUUAACUUGUAGGACUAAAUAUUUGCUCUUUCCUCCUUAGGUAUCUAGCCUAAAUCUGUUUAAUUGCAAAACUGGAAAGGAGGAAGGAGUAAAAAUCUAAACUUGAACAUGGGCUUAAAAUGUGUUCAUGUAAAACAGAGGUUUUAUAAUUUAACUACCUUUUGAAUUUUUCCAGCUGUUGGCAUUUUAGCACAAUCUAAUAAUAAAUAGCAACUGAUAUUCAUAUACUGCUAGUUUUAUCACUUUGCUCAAACUGGCAGAUCUAACUUAAACUAAAAUUAUUGUAAACUGGCAUCCUUUCAAUUUAAUUUCCUUUACCAUGAAAGCUAAGUUUAGGUGACAAGUUUGUAUCUAUCAUGCAAAUUGUAUUAAAGCACAACAUAAUGAAAGCAUAGGGUUGUAUCAAAUGUUAGCCCUCCUUAGAGUUGCCCUGUUGAAAUAAAUGGGGCUUAAGCUAGACUAAUAUUGGAUGCAACCUUUAUAUACCAAGGCAAAGAUAGUCAUGGAUAUUUAUAAACAUAUCACUUUAUACGCAAAUGCUUGUAUCCACUUUUUAAAUGAACACUUGUUUUCUGAUUAUUAGCUACCUGUGUUUUUGCUUCAAACACUUCCAUAAAGCACUGUAAAAUAAAUAUUAAAUCCAUUAAGGGUGCAGUCCAGUGCUCCUAGACAUUGUCUGAGGAAACACAGAAUAUUAGAAAUUUCUACCUCUAAAACCAGACAGAGCUAAGACCUUGGAGAUAAGGAUAAAACUGCUCAGAUCUCCGCACCACUCUUAUGUCACAGAAUGCUCUAUGGCAACUCCUCUUUCAUGACUUGGUGUUACAAGCUUGGACAGUGAAAGGAAAAAGAGGAUCUGUCAAUAGAAGGGGAGAGGGAAAGCUCUCUUGCAGCUUUUCCAGCCCCACCCCUGAUUUUGUGAAUCCACUAAACUCAGGCCUGUCUAGUGGAACUAUUUUAAAAGGAAGGCCAAGGGGCAAAAUACCUAUCACACUUACAACCCUGCUAGCCUCAGUCUGGGAAGACAUAGGAAUCUUGGAUGCUUCAUUCAGUGGCACUGCACCUUAACCACCAUUUCCAAAUCCAGUCACUUUGCUACAUUUUAUAGAGUCUUUGUUUAAAAUGUCCAUUUAGCCAUACUAGUAUAGAUAACAUCUCAUGAAUGGUAGUUUCACAUGAAGCUUUUGUCUUCAAGAGAUCAUGUUUUUGCAGAAUCAUAAAUUUAUUGGUAAUAACCUCAUGCAUCACCUAUCUCCCAUCAGCAGGAAUGUUUUGCCAGAACAUAUGGCCUCAAACUACCCAUUUGCACACAGGGAUGACCAAAGGUACAGAUUAAUUCCAUGAUAGGUUGUAUAGCACACCAACAAUUGCAAACUGGGGCUCCAUGAUUAUUAAAUUCAGAUCAAGGUCUGACGAAGAAUCAGUAGUGGUUUUCUAGAAGGACUUGUGUGCACACUUGACUGAGUGUGGCCAGAAUUUUAUAACAACCAAGAUACUGCAAAAAAAAAACAGCUCAAUGGCCUAUCACAAGUUUAGGAUGAUUGUUAAGCAUGGAGCCAAGUCCAGGUAAGGUCAACAGCAGUUUGCCUGCCCUGUGCCAAGAAAAUGACUUGGAAAUAUUGGGAUCUGCUGCUGGUUCAGGCAAGGUGUUAGCUUUGAUUCCAAACAUAAAUGUUUAUGUUUAAAUAGUCUGCAGAAUAACACCAUGCUUAAGAAAGCGAAGAAAACUGAAAAUUUCCUGACAUUCAACAUCUUGCAGAUCUAAUUUUUAAUACUGUUUUAGACAGAAGUGUUUCUCUAAAGAGAUUAUCUUGACUCUUACAUGUCACUGAUGCUUUCUAUCUCUUCAUUUUUCAUAAUGUGGAAGUGCUGAUGUUUCAAAAUGGUUUACAUGUAAUUAGAAAGCAGAUAAAUGGUCUACAUAAAAGGGGUAAGCCAUUUCCUUUCUCUUCCAAUUGCAUUUUUAUGUUCUAAAUUUUUAGCAGUGUUUUGAAGACUCCUCAACAUUGAAAAUUGAACAUUUCUAUUGAAUAAAGUAUGUUUCUUUUGGGUUGUAAAAUGCUUAACUAAGAGUGAGCUAAACCUCAGUGUUUAAAGGGUUUAUUGCUGGCACUGAUUAACACUACUAUUGAAAUAUUUACUUUGUUACCAUUCAGAUUUUUUUAAUAGAACAUGUUCUAUAAAGGUGAUAUUUAAAUAUA